AGAAGGGUAGAGUAAAUAUCUAAGGCAAUUGUGAUGGAUAGUGCUUGAAGUAUUUGCUUUCGACUACCUUCUAUCAGGCUGUCUACAAACUUGGAAGUUUGUUGAGGGCAAGAAUGAAGUCUUUUACAGCUUCUGGCAUGCCUCUGUGUACCCACCGCAUCCUCAAUAAAUAAUUGGUUACCCUACUUUGUCAUACAAUAUAGGACGUACUUAGCUGGACAGCACUAUGUGAUUUGAUCACACCUAACCUAUGAGUGGAGAAUCACAGCGUUGAAUCUGUUUAAAAACAACACUCCCUAUUCCCUUUCACCUGCAUAAUAUGUUCGAUUUGGUUUCUAGUAAUGUUGGUUCUACCCAUAUGUUUUUAGGUAAUAGUACCAUCUGUGAUGUGCCUAAGUAAAAUUAUACCAAGAAUUCUAUGGCGGCAAAGCUAAUGCACUGCUCUUUGUUUUGAUUAAGAUUUUGGACGUUUGAAAAUAUAAAUUCAGAUAUUGGACUGUGAGGGUUUUAUUUUGGAGGUUGGAGGAGAUUGAAAUGUUGGGGUAAAACUGCUAGGCUCCUUUGGGACUUGUCUGUCAGGGUGGGGAGAAUAUACAAGUUAACCAAAUCUUGUAAAUUCUCACAGUGCUUAGCUUUGUGACUGUACAAAAACUGGCAUUGUUUUUCAUAGGUCUCAGUGGAGAAAUGUAAGCUGUGAGUUUAACAUCCUGUUUACUGUGUUUUGGCCAGGAUUUUGCAAGCUUUUGUGGAGAAAAUUAUAUUGCUUUUUUUAUCCUCUUUGUAACAUAUAUGUAUAUCAGUAUGUUUCCUUGUGUUUUACUAUGGUAAAAUUGUAUCUUGCAUAUAGAGAAAUAAGUCUAUUAGGGUGAAUUUAAAAAAAUCUUUACUCUGAGGUGGCAGCCUUGUAUAAUGAACCAUAUGUUUAAGCCUUAUAAAUACAUCACACUAGAGCCCAGCAUGGUGGCAUGCACCUGUAAUCUCAGCCACUUGGGAGGCUGAGGCAGGAGGAUCGCUUGAAUCUAGGAGUUUUAGACCAGCCUGGGCUACAUAAUGAGAUCCCAUCUCAGUCAGUCAAGCAAUCAAUCAGUUACACAAAAAAGAUCAAGAUCUUUCUUGCUCUUUUAGAAUGUCUUUCCCAAACAUUCUAACAAAUGUGUCGGUGUCUAAAACAAUGAAAAGGGUUUAUGACAGAGUUACAGCAGUCAUCAGAGAAAAAUCCUGGACAGAUUGCAAAUGUAUACCAGUUGUGAAUUUCUAUGACUGCAAUUGAAAUCCAACAUUAGUUUUGUACAGUCUUCUUGGGUGUAUCUGUGUUUAAUAACUUGUUUUCAAAUUUAGAGGACUGUAGCUAUGGUUUCUUCUUAGAGACCUUGACCUUGAGGGGCUCACAGUUUAAUGGAAGAGAGAACUGGAAACCAAGAAUUAAAUGCAGAGAGUGAGGUUCUGCAGUACAGGGUGUGUACAGGGUGCAGAGAAGCACUGUGGCACCAUGUUCUGGCCUCAUCUUCUACUGCUCUAGACUUCCUGAAAUGCCGUUUCCUGACCCUACCUGGACCUCUCUCUGUAGGUGCCGUUCUAUCUCCUUGCAAACCUUUUCUACACCUUAAGUGCCUGCUGAAGUUCUGUUUCUUCAGAAGCUUCUUGAAGCCUGCCUCUGGCUCAUCCAAAUAAUUGUUUUGUCUACAUCUCUGUUAUUUCUUUAUAAAUAAUUGCAGCCAAUUCUUAUUAUUUGCAGUAGUUAUAUUCUAUAAAGUUGCCCGGAACACUGAAUUAACCAAAUAGCAAACCCUCGUUUCCAGGGUAAAUAUGUACAUAAAUACAUAUGUCAUGUAGGUUAUCAUCUUAAUUCCUAAAAACAACUCAUACUGGUAGAUUGAAUUUUCUUUAUUUCAAAAAGAAUAAAGGAAGUACAGAAUUGUAAGUGAUUUGUCUGAGGCCGCUCCACUAACAGGUGCCAGUGUUAUGAUUCAGAUCCCAUCCAACUGGCCCCAGAGCCACAGCUUCUUGCACUACCCUGCAGUGUCCUCUACUGUCUCUGUCCUCAGGUCAUCUUUGUAUGAGAGUUGAAACAAGCAGACCAAGGUCACUUUAUUUGACCUUAGCUUGGGACGUGUGCAAAGAGUGACAGAGUUUUCACUACUGUGUGUCUAUCCAGGAGCCACCUUGAAAGUGCCACAAGUAUUAAUUUGGGGAGUACAAAGACAUUUUAGCAAGUAAGCUAAUUUGCAAAUAUGGGAUACACAAAUAAUGAGGGUCAACUGUAUUUGUAAGUGACUGCUAGGGUGUGUUUCAUGAUAAUCCCUUCCCCCAAGAGUGUGGAAUGUUUCUUUAGCUUCUUUGAUCAUUUACUUAUUCAUUCAUGUAUUUAUUAAGUACUUACUAUAAGCAAGACUCUGCUUUAAUCUGUGUGAACAAGCUAGAGAUUAAGGUCCUGCCCUGUGGAUUUUAUAUUAGAGUAAGAAAGACAGAUAGCUAAGUCUGGAGCUCGGGGGGCGAGGCCUAGGUUGGAAUUAUAGAUUCACUUGGCCAGGGUGAAACCUGGUGUGCCCCCUCCUGCUUCACAUCCACAGAUAUACUUCCAGAAUAUUUCUGUUCUAUUCUUUUGUAUAAAAUCCUCCUUUUGAGCCUCUCUCCAUUGAUGCAUGUCCACCUUUACUUUUGUUGAUUUUGAGGCCACUUGCCCAUGUAGCUGGCAGGAUAUUGAAGAAGAAUCAUACUGACCUGACUCUGCUACCUACCAGCUGAGUUACUUUGGUCAAGCUCUUGGACUUCUGAGCCUGUUUCCUAAUUUCAAAAGUGGUGAUAUGAUGUGUUAGGCACUGGUGGGUUGCAAGGAAGAGGCACACAUGUAUUCCCUUUGUGAUGAGGGCCGAAUGUUAACUUGGAUGGAAAGUCAUCCAAGCAGCCAUAUUGUCUCUGGCCCUAGUACUUUCAAAACCUCACAGAACAUUAAUUUCGCAGUAUUUAGGAUAGGACUUGAGCUCUGAAGACCUGUAGUGUGGUUAUUUGUUCAUAUGGCUGUUUUCCAUACUAGACCAUGAGCUCCAUAAGGGCAGGAUCUACAGUUUCAUCUUUCUAUCCUAGGCACUCAGUUCACUGCCUGAUACAUAGUAAUAGAGGCAUAAAUGUUUCAAAAGUUGAGGAAUUUUCAACACUUCCUGAAAGAAUAGGAAAAUAUAAAGGCUUCUCAGAGAAGGUAUUAUUUAAGCUUUUAUUUUUGAGAUGAUGUCUCAGUCUGUCACCCAAGAUGGAGUGCAAUGGCACGAUCUCAGCUCACUGCAACCUCUGCCUCUCAGGUUCAAGCAAUUAUCCUGCCUCAGCCUCCCGAGUAGCUGAGAUGACAGGCCUCUGCCACCAUGCCCAGCUAUUUUUUGUAUUUUUAAUAGAGACGAGGUUUCACCAUGUUGGGCAGGCUAGUCUUGGAACUACUGACCUCAGGUGAUCUGCCCACUUUCGCCUCCCAAAGUGCUGGGAUUAUAGGCAUGAGCCACCAUGCCCAGCCUAUUUAUGCUGAUUCUUUAAGGGUGAGUAGAAAUUUUUUCCAAGUGACUAAAACCUUGAGACACUAUUCCAAGCAGAGACCAGCAGGGGCAAAGACACAGGGAUAUAGAGAUGUUGAAGUUUAUCAAACACUGCUACCUUUAAAAAACAGAAAAGAAACGAUCAAAAUCAAAAAUUAAAAUUAAAAAUCACCUAAAAAAAAAACCUAUUAAUGGGUUUGGCCAAAGGUGACAUCACAAUCGAGUUAACUAUGACCAUAGACACACGGUAAUGGAUGGAAGUUUUGGGGAAAAAACAUAACAUUCUCAGAUUGUUGGCAGAGUAUCUAGAACAAUUUAGAAAUACAGACAUUGAAUUCUGGGAAUAAUUACGCUGUAGUGAAAUCAUUUCCUUCUCUUCAUAUGAAGCAUGUAUGUGUCGCACACUGUUCAAGGUGCUGAAAAUCAGACUCUUCUCAAGGAGCCCAUGAGCAAUCAAGGGAGAUGGAUGGGUGAGCCACUGAUUAUCAUGUGACAAGUGGGGUAAUAGAGAUAUGACUAAAAUGCUAUCCAAAAAAGAAGAAAAGAAUUAUUCAUAACAUAUGGAGUGCUGGGGAAAGAGUUCUAAAAUGAAGCUGGCCAGGUGUGAUGGCUCACACUUCUACUGCCUGACCUCAGGUGAUCCACCCACCUCGGGCUCCCAAAGUGCUGGGAUUACAGGUGUGAGCCACCGCACCCAGCCCAAAAGCUUUGUGUUUUUACGGAUAUUAACCGUCUUUCCUGUUUAAAAAAAAAAAGCUUAAUAAUAAUGUAGGAGAAUAAGAGAAACAUUUUUCCAAAAAAGGAAUCAUUUUGAUUAUUUUAUGUUAUUGGAAUGUUGGAUAAUAUAGUCUGCUUCAUUAAUCAUCAAGCAUGCUAUGGAUUUCCCACUUUUGUAGGAUCUGUAUCUCAGUUCAGGUAAUACUGGUAAUUUUUGUACACUAUUUGAAGAUGAAAGGUAUAGGCGAAAAUCAUAGACCUUGCAUAGAAGCUGGUUGAUGAAGACAGCUCUGGAGGAACACAUAGAUACACACAGAGAGACGCACAUAUAUAUAUAUAAAGUAUACACACAUAUGUUUUUUAAAGUCUUAAAGGUUUUAAAGCAAAAGCCAGCCCCUCCCCUCUCUCAGAGUGGGUGGGGACAGCGGUUGCAUGGGCAGCUUUCCUGAUGAGCCACAGGUCCCUCUGGAUACACUGCUGCCCGGCCACGCCCCCUUUCCCUUUCAUCUUUCUCAUUGACCAAUGGGCUUGGAGCAUUAAGGCCACACCCCUAUUCCGCAUUCUACUGGGGCCCUGGUUACGCCUCCUCUGGCUCAGUUACGCAGCUGCCUGCUAGGUGACUGGAGGCCUUGAUCGGUGCUCGCUGGGAUUUUGCUGACGUGGCCCCAACCCCGCCUCCCUCCCCACCCCACAAUGGCAGAAGAAACUCGACAGAGCAAAUUAGCUGCAGCCAAGAAAAAGUUAAAAGAAUAUUGGCAGAGAAACAGCCCUGGUGUUCCAGCAGCAGCGAAGAGGAACAGGAAAGCAAAUGGCAGUAGCCCUGGGACAGCCGCUUCUGGUGGUUGCCACUCAUCUGAGGCUUCAGCAACAGGUAUCCACGGGGAGGGCCCUACAUCAUCUGCUACCCUGAAGGAUCUGGAGGUAGGAGGCUCUGGGCGGAGGUGCAGUGACCCCACAGGCCAGCCCUCCAACCUUCUCCCACCGCGGGGACUGGGUGCCUCUCUGCCAGCUGAGACAGCGCACACACACCCCAGCCCUAAUGAUUGUUCUCUCUACCUCUCCCCCAACUCCUCCUCCACCUCCUCCUCUCUGCAUGCGCCUCAGAGCCCACGCCAAGAACAAGCAGCAGUCCUGGACUCGAGGUCCGUAAAAAUCAGUCGACUGAAUAACACCAUCAAAUCUUUGAAACAACAGAAGAAACAAGUGGAACAUCAGCUGGAAGAAGAAAAGGAAGCAAACAGUGAGAAACAGAAAGCCCAAACGGAGCUAGAGGUUCAAAUCCAGAGAUUGAACAUAGAGAACAAGAAACUAAAUACGGACCUGUAUCGCACGAAACGUUCUCUCAGAUACUUUGAAGACGAGUCCAGGGAUCUGGCCGGCCGCCUGCAACGUUCAUCACAGCGUACAGGAGAGUUAGAGCGGGCUCUCUGUGCUGUCGCCGCCACGCAGAAGAAGCCGGAUGGGUUCUUGAGCCGCAGUAAAGCACUUAUGAAGAUGCAGUUAGAGCAGUCCAUAAGGGAGCAGAUACUGCUGAAACGACACGUGACACAGUUGAAGGAGUUGCUUAAAGAAGUCCAGCUGGAGAGAGAUCAAUAUGCACUACAAAUAAAAGGAGAGAGGGCCCAGUGGCAGCAGAGGAUGAGGAAAAUGUCACAGGAGGUUUGCACAUUGAAGGAGGCGAAGAAGCAUGAUACACAUCGGGUAGAAGAGCUGGAGAGGAGUUUGUCCAAACUCAAAAACCAGACGGCUGAACCACUGCCCCCGGAUCCCCCAGCAGUGCCCUCUGAGGUGGAGCUGCAAGAUCUGAGGAAGGAGCUGGAGAGAGUGGCAGGAGAGCUCCAGGCUCAGGUGGAAAACAAUCGGCGCAUCAAUCUCCUGAACCAUGGGCAAAAGGAGAGGCUUCGCGAGCAGGAGGAGAGGCUUCAGGAGCAGCAGGAGAGGCUUCGGGAACAGGAGAAGAGGCUUCAGCAGCUGGCCGAGCCACAGAGCGACUACGAGGAGCUGAAGAACGAGGACAAGAGCGCCCUGCAGUUGGAGCAGCAAGUAAAGGAGCUGCAGGAGAAGCUGGGCCAGGUGACGGAGAUGGUCACCUCGGCCCAGAAGGAGCCAGAGGCAGCAGCCCCAGCCUCGGGGGCUGGGGGCGAGUCUGUGAGUGGGGAGACCCUCCGGGCCCUGCGGGAAGUCAUGGAGAAGCUAGAGAGCGGCCUUAUGGACCUCCUGGAGGAGAAGGCGGACCUGAGGGAGCAUGUGGAGAAACUGGAAGUUCGAUUCAUCCAGUACUGGAGAGAGAGAUGCCAUCAGAAAGUGCAUCGCCUUCUAACAGAGCCAGGGGGCAGUGCCAAAGACGCGGCACCUGGAGGAGGACAUCACCAGGCUGGCCCAGGACAAGGAGGAGGGGAAGGUGAAGCUGCUGGAGCUGCAGGAGAUGGUGUUGUGGCUUGUGCCAACUAUAACGAGGGGCACGGCAAAUUCCUGGCCACUGCCCGGAACCCUGCUGCUGAACCCGGUCCAGGAGCCCCAGCCCCCCAGGAGCUUGGGGCUGCCGACAUGCAUGGUGAUCUUUGUGAGGUGAGCCUCACCAACAGCGUGGAGCCUGCACAAGGAGAAGCCAGGGAGGGUUCUUCCCAGGACAACCCUACUGCACAGCCAAUCGUGCAGCUCCUUGGUGAGAUGCAGGACCACCAAGAGCACCCAGGCUUGGGCAGCAACCCCUGUGUGCCAUGCUUUUGCUGGGCUUGGCUGCCCAGAAGAAGGAGAUAAAUACCACCAUCAUCAAAGAGCUGCUCAAGACAUUGUUAAAAACGAAACAAAGUUACGGGGUUAAUCUCCUACACAAUUCAUUUACUUCAUUUGAAUGUUACAGCCACUCAUGAUUAUUUGUGUUUCUAAUUUAUAGUUUAAGUUUAUUUGUAGAAAAUUAAAGGAGAGUGGGUCUCUGUGGCUCUCACGGAUGUUCACUCUGGCAUCCUUUAGCAUUUUUCUUUUUUAAUUUCAUAAUUGUAGGGCAUUAGCAUGCAUAUCGAGUUUGCCCUCACGUGGUGGGAGUUCAAACACACAAAGACCCAGUCGUCGCACAAAACUCUUCUCGCUGGUUUGAAAUAGGCUCCCGUGCUUUUUUAAUGUUAUUGCAGUGUGCAUAUUCAUUACAGAAUUCAGAUAAAAUUUGCUUAUGUUCUGCUAUUAUGCUUGAUUUCAUCUUAAUCACAGUGAGCUCUUCAAGAGCUCAAUAUGUGCUUUGCCCUCAAGUGUGCACUGUUUAUUACUUUGUAAUAUGCCACUAUGAGUACUGACAUUUAGAGCUGUUUAAAGGCUGAGAACUGUAAACAGCCUUUCCUUCAUUUUCUGUGUAUUGGUGAUGGGAGUAAUAACCUUUUGGGGGAGCUUUUUAAAUCUCACAGAAGAGGAAAGUGGCCUCCUCUGGCAGGUAUGUGCAGGAUAAAGUGUGUUUCAUUUGUUCCGGUGCCAAGAAUGAGCACUGUACUGUGGCAGUUCCCUUAGGAUUUGUAUAUGCUCUGGGAUCGUGAAGAUAUUGCAUCGUGAGCUGCAGCAGUUGUACUCUUUUCCAAUGACCUAAAAAGGGCUUAUUUCCGAGGAAUGAAAGGCUCCCAUCAUUGGCUGUGGAUGUGGAAAACCUUUCCUAGCUUAGAGCAUUUGUAUCUAUAAUACAUUUUAAAGUCAGAGUUCAUGUUCCCUGUUUUAAUCACAUGACUACAUGCCUCAGUUCACAAAAGGGCGCUGGUUGGCGUUCUUCUUAAUGUAUUUAGUAAAGAUCAUAAGAAAUCCUUUACGAGUUUAAAUGUCCCUGGAACAGGCAUACAGGCUCUGGUCAAGAAUGAAUUAGAGUGAAGGAAAGCUGUGUGGUGCCUGGCAUUCCUCUCUGUUCAUGGAGCUUCUUUGAGGCUUGAAGAUUGAUUUUACCAUCUAGACGUCUCUGGCUAAUACCUAUUCUUCAACCACCUUGGUUACUCUGACAUAGGAAUUUACUUCUUUUCCUUGAGUGGAAAACACUUUAGUAACAAACAUUAUUAUAAACUAAUAUAUGUGAGAGUACUUAGUUGAAACAAAAAGGAAUUUUAGUAGACAGUAUUAUGUUAUCUUUGAAAAUCAAGGAGAAGUUUAUGCAACUUAAAAUGUUUACACACUGUGGUGCAAUCUACUGUUUGUGAAUGUCAGUGUAUUAUCAGGAAACGUGUUUAUACAAUCGCAGAGUUGUAGUUCCUCACAAACUUCUUUACGAAGAGUGAAAUAUGUUUUUGUACCUCAGUUUCAGUCAGGGACAUAUUUUGUGCAAUAUUUAUGUGAUUGUGCCUAUGAGUGAUGAAUGAACGCAUUUCAGUCAUACGUUGCCUAAAUCAUAACUUGAUGGUGCUUGGGAAAGAAUCAACAGUUAAAACUUCGUGAAGUUCUAAUGUCUGUGUUCCAAAACACAUCACAUUAUUAGGUUGUAGGGAGAGAUGUAUGUGUGCUCGCUGGGGUGGGGAUUUUCUACUCACUAGACCAUCUCCAUUUUUAGCACUUGGCAUCCUCAUGAUCCUUUUAUAAAUAUGAGAUGAACAGGAGAGCAGCAAUAUGAUUUUGCCAAUGGAAUAACAGAUUUGCCGGCAUUCAAUGAAAGAGGGCACAUAUUGGGUCCUUGUGACUUCAACUGACUCUUCCAAAUUGUAUGAAUUUAUCAAUGUAUUAGAUAAACCCAGUUUCAGAAUGAUAAAGAAAAAAUAUUAGACCAAAUAAUGUGGCUAAUUAACAGUGGUAUGAUUUCUAGCCCGUGGGUUUAAAACUGUAUCUUAAAGAGUCAUUUUAAAAUAAUAUAAAUAUUUAAAAAUGUAACUGCUAUGAUUAUGCUAUGAAAUGUUAAAACAUUUUAAAAUAUGAAUCCUGUAGUUUAAAAGAAAGAAAUGGUGGGAAGGAAAAGUAGAGAAAGAAAUGCCAAUUCCAGUCCAAAGCUUUAUUUGCCAAGUUUUCUUAGAAGGAAUUUUACCAAUGUAUGAGUUCUUGUUAACAGAAUGUGUAACGGAAAUACUGAAAACUUUUGCCUAAAGUGGCAUUAUUGACUGCUGGCGUGAUGCUACUGUAAUGUAAUAAAUUAUUAAAUUGUUGCAAAGUGCUGUUUUUGCCUUAAAA